UUGACAGUGACAGCUACAUAAUUUUAGUCGUAAUUGAAAUAAUUUUAUAUUUUGUUUAUUACCUUAAUCUAUUCUAUUGAAAUCUAACAAUAGAACUUUUUAUUUGUAAAUAAUUGUUUUAAGAGCCGCCCUAACCACAAAAUAACCCGGGUACAACCUGUACUGUGACUAAAUUAACUCUGGCGAAGAAGAUGAGAUAGCCUUAUACGCGAGUAGAGGGGUACGCCAAUAGCUGACCGCAUGCACAGGGCGGCACGAUGUUCGGCGCAACGUUCGCCAGCGUGCUCGGCCUGCUCGCGGCAGCCAACGGGAACAUAAUUAUUUACACAAGGGAGACGCCACACACGAUAGCAGAUGAGUUCCAUGAUUUGCCGGCUAGUUUCGGUGGGGAGGUGCCGUCGGACGGCCUCCGAGGGUACCUGACGGUCGGGAACCCGCCGGACGGUUGCGGUAACCUCACCAAACCGCCUUCGAAUCCGGACCCCUUCGUCGGCAAUUGGAUUGUGCUUCUAGCUAGGUAUAACUGCAGCUUUGAGGUGAAGGUGCGUAACGCGCAAGCAGCCGGCUACGCCUGCGCGAUCGUUCACAAUGUCAACUCCACGGAUCUUGAAACUAUGUCGGCAACGAAUGCGGACGAUAUAUUUAUACCGUCCGUGUUCGUGGGCAACGUGACUGGGUACUUGCUGAAAGAAAAUUACCUCUACGAUAGCGGUUUCUACUUGAUGGUAAAUGGUGAUAUGCCGUUCAAUAUCAACACCAAUCUGCUGGUACCGUUCGUGGUGGUGGUAGCACUGUGCCUGGUCGUCAUACUCAUCAGUAUGAUACUGAAGUGUACACGUGAUCGUCGUCGGGCGCGCCGCCACCGUCUGCCGAGCCGUGCGCUCAAGAAGAUCCCCACCUGCAAGUUUAGCAAGAUGGUGCCCUACGACACCUGCGCCAUCUGCCUCGACGACUACCAGGAGGGGGAACUGCUCCGAGUGCUGCCCUGCGCACACGCGUACCACGCUAAGUGCGUGGACCCGUGGCUGACGCAGAACCGUCGCGUGUGUCCGGUGUGCAAGCGGCGCGUGCUGGCGGCCGGGGAGCGCGCCCGCCCGCGCCGCUCCGACCGCUCGGACCGCUCGGACCGCUCGGACCGCUCCGAGUCCGAGUCCACCGACACCGAGCCGCUCAUAGCGGACGCCGCGCCCACCACGCAGGGUGGAACGUUCGAACCGCAACGUGAGAAUCCUUUCGCUCGCGCGGCGCGUCUCAUGGCGCGGCUGCGGCGCCGCCGGGACGACCCCCCGCAGGAUGACCCUGGGGACCACGGGGAUGUUGCCGUCGAGGGUACGGACGAUACAGAGCGGUUAUUACCGACCACGGUGGCGGCGGUGGAGGAGCGCAGCCAGCGCUCUCGCCGCUCACGUGACCGUCGUCGCCGCACUCGCUCCGCUCACUCCGCUCCCACCGCUCACUCCGCUCACACCGCUCCCAACUCCAACUCCGCUCACACCGCUCGCGUGCAGGCCGCGCCACCGCUGCUACAUUCUGACGGACACUCUAUCAACUCAGAGGAACGCGGCGAGAUCGGCGUUGCAGCGUUACCAGCACCUCACCACGUGGCCUUAUGAAUGGCGAAUGCUGACAAUACAUGCUUUAAAGUAUCGGUUAAGUAAGGCUUCACAAGUGACGACCUCAUAUUAGACUAUUAAUAAGUAGGACAUUUUCAUUAAUAAACCAAAGUGUAAAAAGUCUCAGAUGUUUAUAUUAUAUCUCCCACCGACAAAGUACAACUGGACUUUUGUAAUAAUUAAUGUAUAUGUACUUUGAUUGUGGGAGACUAUCGACCUAGACAAGUGAUAAAAGUAUUGGUACGUAUUCGCAACAGUGACUAAGAUAGAAAGAGAAGGCAACAUCUUGCCACUUUGUUUCUCAUGUAUACAGCGAAAACGUAUUCGGGCAACUCGUUAAUUACUUGUCUACGAUAUUUGGUUACAAA